CACAGUGACGCUGCUUCCUGCCGCAGACACACCAGCCUCGCCUCUCAGUCUCUCUCUGCAGCGGCCGACCGCUACAAACAAACGACGACCCGGGAGCACACACACACACACGUACCUACAUCAGGACCGGGACCGUACCGGACCGGGACACAGGACCACAGAAGAGGAGGACGGAGACUGGAGACAGGAACAUGACAGAAAACACCAAAACCCACGUCAUCCUGCUGUCCUGCGGCAGCUUCAACCCCAUCACCAAGGGACACAUCCAUAUGUUCGAAAAAGCCCGAGAAUAUCUGCACAAAACAGGUCGCUUCAUCGUGAUCGGAGGAAUCAUCUCACCGGUGCACGACUCCUACGGAAAACCUGGUUUAGUUCCCAGCAGACAUCGUCUCACCAUGUGUCAGCUGGCUGUUCAGUCCUCUGAUUGGAUCAGGGUGGACCCCUGGGAGUGUUACCAGGACACCUGGCAGACGACCUGCAGCGUGCUGGAGCAUCACCGCGACCUGAUGAAGAGAGUCACCGGCUGCAUUCUGUCCAACGUCAACACGCCAUCAACAACUCCCGUGAUUGGCCAGCCACAGAACCAGGCUCCUCCCAUCUACCAGAACCACAACAACAUGAAUCACAAGCCCACAGCCAUCAAACUGUGGGGGAAGAUCAGUGAGAGUUUGGGGAAGAUCUGCUGCGUCCGCCCUCACGUCGAACGCUUCACCUUCGUCGAUGAAAAUGCUAACCUGGGUACCACAGUGAGAUACGAGGAGAUCGAGUUACGCAUCUUGCUCCUGUGUGGCAGUGAUCUCCUGGAGUCCUUCUGCAUCCCUGGUCUGUGGAAGGACAGUGAUAUGGAGGUGAUCGUGGGGGAUUUUGGGAUCGUGGUGGUUCCUCGUGAUGGAGCCAACACAGAGAGGAUCAUGAAUCACUCCUCCAUCCUCCGCAAGUUCAAGGACAACAUCCUUGUGGUGAAAGAUGGGAUGAGCCACCCGAUGUCCAUCGUCAGCUCAACCAAGAGCAGACUGGCCCUGCAGCACGGUGACGGCCAUGUUGUGGACUACCUGUGUCAGCCCGUCAUCGACUACAUCCUGCAGAGUCAGCUGUACAUCAACGCCUCCGGAUAAUCGACCACCUGCCCGCAUGACAACAGGCAGAGUGGAGGAGGGGGGGAGGGGCGCUACCUUCAACCACCACCAUCAUCCCCCUCCCAAAAAAACCCCCAACAACUUCCUUCUCUGUCUUGUGUGUCAUACAUAUACUCUUCUUUGAGCUUUCUGACUGGAGCAUUAGUGUCCCUCCUUCUGUCUGUGUCAUGUGACUUUACCAUCAGGGAGGGGGUCAAGGGGGGCAUUUUGGGAUGACAUGGCGGUGUUGGAGAGGAGGUGUGGAGAUCAUCUCUAAGGGCUGCAGAGGUGUCAUUGAUGUAUUUUCACUGCAGAGGUGACGGCAGUGUUUUUCUCUCUGUUUGUUUUCUGUCUUUAUUAAAGUUCGGGGGUGCAUGACACACCGCCAGGCAUGCUCAGUGUACCAGGGGCAGAUGGGAAAAAAUCUCUUCUUCUGUAUCAGGGGGGCAUUUAGCUAAAAGGAGACAGGGUUACUGGGCCUCAUGCAAGAACCUAUACGGACAGAGUCAUUAGAAAACUUCCCCUGUUCCUCAAAUUUAUUCUUAGUUCUUUCAUCUAAAUUAAAGUUUAAUUUUACCAACUAGAACUACAUUACAUUUAUUAAUGAAAUCAAAUGUAAAACAGACUGUCAUGUGUUGCAUUUCAGCACAUCUUGUAUGAUAGCAUCCAUAGAGGUUCUGAGCUGACAUGGCGACUGUUGCUCACAACUAACUUGCUAAUUGAGCCGUUAGCUUCAUUUAGCUCCAGCUGACUUUGCACCAAAUUCCAUGCAUAUCCUACAUAGUCAAAGCCAGGAAUUCAUGUAUAAUCCAUGUAUUUGGGAAGGUUGUGAUCACAUGACCAACGCGCUGACGGGAGAAAAGACGAAGAAGAACGUGGUUCUGAAAGGUCGGAGGGGUGGGGCGCUGGAAGGUUCAGAAAAUGCAAACUUUCCCUUGAGAAGAUCUGUGUUUGUAACCGCGGAAAUCUUAAGGUGCAUCUGUACCAUGUUUCCCUUCCUAAACCGGACCUCUGUAACUCUGCGUAAAGUAUGUAAGGUCAGUGAUGCAAAUUUGCGACACACUCGGUCAGCGGCCCACCGUGUCAGACACCAAAGCACACAGGUACCCUCAGCCGCAUGACGAGCACGGUGUGGUGACAUUUGUUGAUGUGCACAGAAACAACUAAAUUAUAAAGAGUAAGAAAGUUACACGGAUGUCGUGAUGUCAUAACAUGUUAAUAACAAACGUGUUUAUUUUCAGCCACGCAUGAUGUUUUUGUUCAACUCAUCCUCACUGUGAGCUCGUCACAUGUCCACGUUUGGUCAUGGACUUUCCACGUCCACAUAUGACGUCCAAGGUACCCUGGGUGUGUUGGUUGUUGACGUUCUGGGACGCCGUGUCAACUUCAGCCUGUUACAUGCAUUGUCUGUUUUCAAAAUACACUUCUGUUUUCACAGGAAAUUUAACAUACAGUCUCACUACGUUGGUACGACCUUUUUUUCCUUCAACAACACACACACGUGGUUGGGCUCAGAAACAAGAACAGGGUUUGGCUUUACAAUCUUACGGGAAGUGAACACCCGCCUCCUUGUCGAAAGUUGGUGUCUUCUGGAUCCAUCCACCACCCGUCCCACCCCAUCCUACUCGGAUUUCUGUUGCUUUAGGUUUCAUUGUUGUGCCGCCACAUUUCCCCGAGGCCACUGGGACUGUUAAACAAUAAUGGCGACCGGCUACGUAUCAUGCUGACAUAUAAGGAUGGCUGUAAUUGUCAGUGUCUGAUGCCGGAAAUCACUGACCAAGCCCGAUUUUUGACGACUUCGGAGUGACACCAAUUGGUUUGGUUUGCACGUUCUCCUGUGCACCAAAAUCAAAGCAUCUCUAUGUAAUUUUAAACCAAUAAUUCAAGUAUAACCUAUGUAUUUUGGAAAGCUGUGAUCAUGUGACCAUUGCACUGAAAAAAAGAAGGAAGUGGUCCAGUCAUUAGGCAGGUGGUAGCUGUAGAUGGGUCACAAACCACAGGACUUUCCCCAGGAGACUGGUGUUUGGAAUAGUUUGAACUUUGAGGCAUUUGAAAGUACGUCCUCAUCGUGUUUCUUUUCCUGAGCCUAUUCACAGUAACUUUACUUGCCCAAACCUAACCUCCAUAACUACGUUAAUUACCUAACUUUACGUUGAGGUAACGCCAUACAUGGGUCGCUAAUUCGUAGGACUUCAUAUAAACCGCUGUAUGAUGAUACCUUGGCCUUUGUUGCCUAAACUUAAGGAAGUAAACCUACAUUGUAAGUUUAUUUUGAAAACGACUGUGUGCAUGUAACGAGCAGAAACCUCCUAGUGACAAAGUCAGCUGAUAUGCUACGUAUGCUUGCGGAAACGUACAAUGCCAACAUUUCCUUCUGAUGACUGGGCUGACCUACUCUGAGCGCCACAAUCCGUCAAAGUGAAUUUUUGCUUGGAGUCGUUUGCAGAAAUUUUAAGAGCGGACAGUUUGUGUUGGCAUGGAGCACAAACUGUCUGACAAAUUGCAGCAAAAAUCAGCAACUAUUUAGAUUAUCAAAUUAUCUUUUGUCUCUUGAAUGAAACAAAAUGUGAGGAGAUUUCAGUUGUUCAGAUUUCGGCGUCCAAUCUAAUCUAUUAAACCCAACAACAUUUGGAAACUUGUCAGAUGAAUUCUUUGUUUCAAAUCUUAUCUUUGUCCAGUGAACAGUUUGUGGGGCGACUUCAUAAUCGAAGCACUGAAACUGAAAUUGUUUGGUUCCUUUAUGGGAUAAAUUAAUGUACCAGCUGUAUGUUGAGAGUUAAAACAUUUUGAUCUUGUUCAGAUGCACCGUUGCAUCAGUCCGCGCCACUCUUGGUGAAUUCUUCCUCCUGUCUGAAGACACAGUAACAUCUGUUCAGAAUAAGAACGCAUACGUGUUCUUGCACGAGGCCCGCUGCUGUCGUCUGUCCACGUCUGAGGUAAAUCUAACCAACGCUCAGCGACCGUCUCAGUCUCAGUCCUGCUGCAGCUGUAGCUCAAACUGUACAUAGUUACACACCAAUCAUAGUUCAGGUCAACAGUUCAACCUCCGAGCUGAAGGUAUAUUAACCUGCAGGUAACCAUAGCAACAGUACCGAUGCUUCAGGCUCAACCCAACCGGUAAACUGAAUACAGACACACUUUAGAAGAUUUAAACUCUCAGGACAUCCUGAGAUUAUUGGACAUGAUGAUGAUGAUGAUGAUGAUGAUGAUGAUGAACUUUUCUAAAAGCAGCAGUGUUGUUGUCGGAGUGUUUCGGGUUGUUUUUGUUCUUCUCCAUGUGCUCCUGUUAGCUCUCGUUAGACUGCAUGCUUAGACAUGUUUGGUUCUGGCAUGAAUGUUCAUCACUUGGUAGAAUCUGAUCUGUCGUGAACGUGUUUGCAAAAAAAAAAAAAAAAAAAAAAAAA